AUGGUACAAAUCACUGCGGGCCAUGCCUAUCUCCGUGCCAUUGAAAAGAAUAUCGCACCAAAAUGGGCCCCUGAUAUUUUGAUUUUAAGCUUGAUUUCACCUUGUUUCAAGCGACAUUCAGCUAACUAUUUAGCAAAUAUGCUGGGGUGGUUGUCUGGUUCAGGACGCGGUGAAUACACGGGCUUUACUGAAGAUUCUAAAGUCCAGGAUCCCCCCGAAACCCCAGCCCCUGUCUUUGCCUUUCGAGCCUUUAAAAGUGCCUUUGUAGGCACCCCAGGCCCCGAUGCAACCAACGAUGAACUUACUGUUCCCAUCAAAACAUUGAAACCUACCAUUCAUCACAAGAGCGUCGAUAUAAAUGUACCACCAAAACAAGAAAAGCCCUCCCCAAUAGAUAUGCAGCCAUCACUCCCCAAGCCAGAUGAACUUACGCAACCUAUGGCAUCGCCCACAAAGAGCAUUCUACUCACACCAGGGACCGCCUCUACGCGACGGAAGACAGUGUCAUUUGGUGAAGGGGUGGUGGAUAAUGAACGAAAAAGGUCCCCUUUCGAAUCCACGGCCUAUAACGGCAAUAUCAGCGGACAAUGGACAUGUAAACAACAUGUAGGAAAUGGAAGAAAUCGAAGCAAACUCACUCAGUCACUCAUAGAAGCUCGGGGACAGAAAAUAAGUAACGAAAAGAAACUGAAUGAAAAUGACGAGCUUUUCGAUAUUGUUAUUCAAAAACAUCCCACGCGGGUCAAGGAGAUCUUCCAAUCGGGUAAAACAGAACAAGACGAGGAAGACGAAGACGAAGAUGACUCAACGACAAACCUUAACGAACCCCGUUCACAGUCUGGAAUAUACUGGAAGUCUGAAUUUGACAGUUAUAGAGCUAGGACUGAUCGCGAGAUUACAAAACUCAUUGAAUAUAGAUCUGUCGCGAAGUCCUACGCGAAGAAAAAAGAGUUGGAAAUGCGGCGUUUGUCUGAUAAGUUGAAACGAGAAGAAGCCAAAGUUGCUGAAAUGGAGCUCCAUGUUUCCAAGCUUGCAGCUGGAAUGGCGGAUAGAACUAGCAACAAGGCUUCGAAUGAAGCAAUGUUCAAGGAGUUGUCCAAGCAAACCGCCUUGGCUGUACAAUAUAAGCGCAAAACAGACUCACUACGGAAGGCCCUAAAGCAACAUGGAGUCCUGGACAGUGAUGGCGAGUCCCCAGGAAAAAAUUCGGGCUCUGAUGAUGUUUGCCUGAAGUUACUUGAGACAGAAAAGGCGCUGGAGCUGGCUAACGCCAAGCUCAACGAUGCUGAAAACAACAAACCAGAUACGAAAAAACUUCAGGAUCUAGUUGAGAGUUCGGAACGUAAAGCUAGCGAACUUCAAAAAGAAAACAAAGCACUGAAACAAAGUCUCUCCAGGUUCAAGGAGGAAAUGGCUAACUAUGAGGACCGGCGACAAGCAAAGGAAGAAAGACUAAAACAGAAAGAACAGAAGCUUCAAGAUCGUAUUCAAGAAUAUAAAAAUCGCCUCCACGAGGAAAGACAACAGCACCAAGAUGCAGAGAGAUUUUUGAAGCAGUCAUUCACCGACGAAAAACGAUACAUGCAGGAUAUAAUUGACUCACUCCGUCACGACAUAUCCACGGUGGGACAAAAUUCUCACAACCAUACCAAGCGGAAGAGCGAAACAAGGGUGUUUCCGAACCAUAUAGAGAUGCGACAGGGGGAUGGCUUACAGGAUAUGCAUGAUAGGAAAUUUAGCCCGCGGAAGGGGACCGCAACGGGGACCAGAAUCACUCAAGGUCACAGGGAUACAAUAGAAAGUCCUAAGAGAGGUAAUACCCAAAAUCAGCGUAUUCUCAACUGUGACAUACCUCGAAAUAAUGGUGAUGGGCAGAUCGAUAUGGAAUUGCAAUCACGUCCAUUUGGGCGAGACGCGACGCGGGCAGAGAACACUAGACCGAUUAGAAAAGGUUCAUUGAUCGAUUGCAGCGAGGAAGACGAGCCACUAUAUGAUCUGGAAGACUCUCUCGCACGACCUAGAAGUCGAGAUACCGCACCCUUCCUUGAUCGAAACGGCCCCUCCAUCCCUCCAUCAUCUCCACCCGCACAUCAAUCAAUAGAGAACCACCCAGAAUUUUCCAUAUCAACCCCAAGAACAAAACUACACAUCCAACCCCGCACAACAAUAUCUCCCAGACCCUCCAUGGUUCACAUGUCACCAAAACCCAAUGCCCUUUCAAAACAAUCAAGCCAAUAUCAUCACCAUCUCAGACGCAAGGCCAGUGCGGCUCGAAUAUCCCUUAGGGCUUCUUCCAAAGUUGGAGCGCCGGCCUCUUCAGGGCUGAAUCGUCGAAUUCCCCCGCUCGACAAGUCAAUACCCCCUGGAAGUGAUCCGGCCAACAGUCCUGCUGGUAUGAAACGUGAUGCGCUCCCUGCGGAUAGAGUGGCGGCAGCUAUGAGACGGCUCAAACUUAAGGAGAAAAGGUGGAAUGCUGACGGGAAGGAGAAUGUCUGGUCAGGUUGA